AUGUCAUGUGAUAAACUGGGAUUCAUGCAGGGAUACACAAUGAAAGUGAAAUCAAAUUCUGUGUCACAAAAGACGCCCAAGCUACGGACAAAGAAGGUGAUGAGAAACAGAAUCAAGUACACUGAUGUACAGCUGGCCUGUUUGGAGAAGGUGUUUUGCCACACCCAGUACCCAGAUACGUACACAAUGGAGGAGUUAACCAAGACACUCGAUAUCAACGGCGAACGACUUGCGAUCUGGUUCCAGAACCGCCGCUCUAAGUUCAAGCGUCAGUCCAAGGAUGGUUAUGUGUCAUGGAUGAGGAAUCAGCUCUACCAAAGCCCGCACACCCAACCAGCUGGCAUGCAGCCAGUGGACGGUCACGUGCUUUCCGCCUCAGUUCAAACCACUUGGACAGAACCAAACGUCAGACGACCAUCAUCAAACUUGCACUACAUGCCACCAGCAUAUAGACCUUACGCCGUACCGAGCUUUCCACUGGCUAGCUGUAGAUACCAGUUAUCACAGUCCACCAUGUUUUCUUCACCCCUGCUUUCCACCAACCAGCCAGAUGAGAUGCCACUAUCACGCGGAUUGCCACAGAGAGGUGUAGAACUGUCAGGCCAGGGAAUGACCACUCCACUGAUAAUCCCGUCAUCAGUAAACAGACAGAUUUGUGAACCACUGUCCGCAAGCUCGUGUCCUCGCUCACAGAGCACGACAGUUGCAGGGAUAAACUGUACGUUGCAGUCCUUGUGUGUUCCCGAGUACUAUCCAAGUAACUCUAUGUCGCCCGAUUGCCCGUGUACUGGUCCAAAGUCAUUGAAAACGCACCAUCCAAGCAUCAGCAGUUCGCCGCUUUCAGUGACAAGCUCAGACACAUCACCUCCUGGAAGUCCACAAGUGAUAUUAAACAUUUCCAGCGACAUGUCGUCAGCCACUCCAAUGAACGACCUAGUGAUAAAUGAAGCAUACUACCGACAGGAAACCACGGUGGCUGGUGUGCGUAGUUUCACCUACCAAGAUACUCAGAGUGCACUACAUCCCAGCUCACAACACUUCGGAUGCUAAUACUAGAAACAGACAAUAGACUUAGGUCUACCACACCGUUCCUAUGAUAUCGAAAAGUAUGCAAAUGAACUUUUUAUAUGAUUAAUGCGAACUAAGUGUCCUGCUCUACAUUGUUAUGUGUUUAUGUAUAUAUACUGCAUACUACUAGUGCUAUAUAUUCGCGGCUGCCUUUGUAUAUAUGUGCUAAACUUAACAUUAAAUA